AUGCAUUUGUCUAGGGACACAGUUGUCUGGUACACAAAUGCCCAGUAUGCAACUGUCUGUCCACCCCAAAUCUCACAUAGUAGUUUCAAGUCUUCUUCGUUACUUUUCUUUUUCUUGUUAUUCUUCUUUUUUUAUUUCUUUCAUAUUUCUUUUCUCCUUUGCCUUCAUUUUUUCUCUUUCUUCUUUCCCUUACCUUUUUUCUUUGUUAUUCUAUUUAUGUCUUUCUUUUUCUUUUCUCCUUUUUCCUUCAUUUUUUUCUCUUUGUUCUUUCCCUUACUUUCUUUUUCUUUGUUAUUUUUAUUUCUUUCUAUUUAUCUGCUUUUUCUGUCUUUCUUUUUGAUUUUUCAUUGCAUUUCAUUCUUUUCUUCUCUUCAUUCUGUUAUUUCAAUUUUCUUUCCAAGUUUUUCCUUUUCCUUAUUCUUUUAUAACUUCCUUUCUUUCUUUUCUCUAUUUCAAUUUUCUGCCUUUCAGUUGUUUUUCUUCAUCUCUUUCACCAAUAUUUUUUCCAUUCAUUCACUCAUUUUUAUUUUUGGUUUCUUAAUUCCUCUCUUUCUAAUUUUUUCUGUUUUUUUUUUUCUUCCUUUCUUCUUUCAUACCAUUUUUUCAUUAGAUUUCUUUGCUCUAUAUUGGGAUUUUUUUUCUUUCCUUGGAUUUAUUAUUUUGUUUCUUUUUGGUUUGUCACUAAACUUCCUUCAUAAAUACUCCAUUUUUUAUCAUCUCUUUUCUUUCUUUCUUUCUCUCAUUUUUUUUUUACCACAUUCAUUGUUUUUCCUUUAUUUGUUCCUUUUUCUAAUAUGCUAUUUCUUUUCUUUCCUUUUUCCUUCAUUUUUUUGUCCUGCUUCUAAUUUAUCAUUGUUUUUUUUCUCCCUCUAUCUUCAAUCCUUCAGAACACCAUUUUCCAUAAAAGCAACACCAUCAAAAUGA